AUGGCCUCUGAUUUAGAAACUUCUAAACAAGAGCCUGCGUCGACAUUGACUCUAUCCUCAAUCCCUCAAAAGCGUGCCAUUGACGAGGUCCACAGUCCUGCGCGGCCAUCGCCCUUGAACCCCGAUGUCAAAUUCGCAGACCCGCCCUCACAGACAGACGACGAUGGGCAAUCCUCUCGGUCGAAGCCUAGUAGGGUGAAGAAGGAGAGUCUGAAGAAGCGCGAAGCCAAGGGCGACAGCAUACCUCCGACCCCUGACCCCAAGGCCGCCGUAAAGGAAACCGAACAAAGUGAAUCAAGUCCGUUGCGCUACAAGCUUGCGCCACCAAAGCUUUCUGACUUUGAACCUCCAAGAGGGCCCGUCUUGACACAGCAUCAUGAAGCCAUCAUGCGCAAUGGUGAUGCUAUUGAGUUUUUCGAGACAUCUGACCACGUCGCCAACAAGAAGAACUUUCGAUAUACACACUGCAUAGCAGACCCGCGAUUUCCUUCCAUGAUCUACUAUCGCCAGACAGAGCCGGAGCCAUUCGGGCCCCGAUUUAGCUUCGAGGAUGCCGCGUCGCACGUCUUCUUUGACAAAACAGCCCGAACAGUCACCACUGACAGGGGCUUCCGAAUGGCACGCGCCAAUGUUGCAGUACGAGAGGGCCGGUGGUAUUGGGAAUGCAAAAUCACUCAAGGAGUGCGUCCCCCGCCACCGGGCGAGACGAAACCGGAGGGUGGCAAGCACGUUCGCAUGGGAUGGGCAAGACGUGAAGCAUCAUUGGAUGCGCCAGUCGGGUUUGACGCCUACAGUUAUGGCAUUCGCGACGUAGCUGGAGAAAAAGUCCACAUGUCCCGUCCAAAGGAGUUCUUCCCAGCAGGCGAGGGCAUUUGCGAAGGCGAUGUUAUCGGAUUAGAGAUCCAGCUGCCCUCUGAGCGCUUACAACGCAAGAUCAUGGCCGGCCAGUACCACCCUGCUGUUGAUGCUGCCGACGAGUCUCCUCGCCCGACGGCAGAGGGGCCAAACAUUGUCCGUGAUCGCGUUCCCAUUCGCUUCAAGGCACAUACCUAUUUUGAGAAGAUUGAGUAUCACACUACGCGCGAGCUGGAGGAUCUGAUGCACCCGUCGCCAUCCACCGCUGCCAGCGCCAACUCACACCCACCUCAUCCGACACACUCCACACCUGCCCUCCGAACGCUGCCAAACUCUUAUAUCAAAGUAUACAAGAAUGGUGUGCUGAUGGGAACACCGUUCGAGAACCUACUAGGUUUCUUACCCCCAGCCUCGCGGCCCAUGCCGCAGGUUGGCGCUCGCGAGGGCCUUGACGAUGGUAUGCUUGGGUAUUACCCGGCCGUGAGCAUAUUCCGAGGCGGUGCGGCAGAAGUCAACUUUGGGCCAAACUUCUGGUAUCCUCCGCCCGAUCUCGAUGUUGUGUCAACAGAGCCUCAGAAGAAGACGCUGCGGGGAGUGGCAGACAGAUACAAGGAACAGGUGGCAGAGGACGUAGUGUACGACAUCAUUGACGAGGUGGAUUUCUGGAUGCAAGACGGCGGUCACGACUCCGCCUUGGGGGGGGCAAAUGUAAAGACGGAGGCGGUGAACUUGGCCCCCGGCCGCGAGGAAAUUAAAGAGCUGGUGGAAGAUGAUUGA